CGCUCUUGCCCAAGGCUCACGGAUUCUAACCAUCGUCGGCAACACGACGACACCAACAAGGGGCAAUCACAGCAAUUCCCCCCAUUGAUAAACGAGGGCAGGUUUUUGACAAACGAAGGCGGUGUCCCCCAAAAGCACGAAAAACAAUAAUCCGCGGACCGACCGAACCUAUUCUGCGCCCGCCACACCCACCCACUGCAAGAACGACUCGAACCAUCGGAACCUCGAUACCUCGAACCUCCCUCCGGCCCUCCGUGUAACGAACCCAGAUUACGCUCGCAACAACAAAAAAAAACCACCACCUGCCCACCAUGUCCAUCAUCCGCGAACACACGCAAGCGACGCUGACCGACGCCUGGCGCACCAUCAAUAUCGAUGCGCUGCAGGAGGACUCGUCGGUCAACUUUGACACGUCGACGCUGCGCCCGCCGCUGCCCGAGGUCAGCGAGGCCGAGGUGCGCCAGCUGACGUCCCAGGUGCGCCAGCUGCUGCGCGGGGGCGACGCCGAGGGCGCCCUGCGCGGCUGCCUCGAGUCCCCCGUCUACGCGGGCAGCGACGCCGCCCGCGAGGCCGCCCUCCAGACCGUCGUCGAGGUCCUCCAGAGCAUCAAGGCCAGCGAGAUGACGCCCAUGCUGCAGCGCAUCUACGCGAGCUCCGGCGGCAGCGAGUGCUUGGACGUGCUCAUGAAGUAUUUGUACAAGGGCAUGGAAUCCGCGUCUUCCUCCUCGCCCUCCGCCAGUAGUGCGCCGCGAACACCGACCCGUGUGACGCCGCAGCCGACCGGGUUUAGCCAGAUCGUCCCGCGGCCGGGCGCUUCCAGCGAAUCGACCGGUGCCGCCAUGAGCGUGCUGCUCAGCUGGCAUGAGAAGGUGGUCGAGGUGGCGGGGUUGGGUUGCAUUGGCAGGGUCAUGACCGACUGGCGGAGGGUGUGACAAGAAUAUAAAAAGGGAGCUCUUGCUGUCUGGCGUUGACGGGGAAAUGGGUUUUGCUUUGCCAAUAUUUAAGCAUUCAAGCAAGCCGCCGGCAACAAUAGAUAAGUGGGCGUCUGCUGUGAGAUUGGGCGGCAUCAACAACUCAUGACGAGGGUGCGAUCAUGCACCACCCGUCAUAACUUCUGAUUCAAACCACUCUACUGCCGAAGCAAAAUUC